GGAUCAAGUUAGGACAGAUUGGCUUUCCCUGAAAUGCCAAGUGGGGAGUAGCAGGACUGCUGUAUAAAUCUUCAACACUUCAAUCCUGCCUGACAUACUUCCUGCUGUCUAACCAGAUCCCAAGAUGACCAGUCCCCUGGAGCAAGCUCUGUCUGUGAUGAUCGUUACUUUCCACAAAUACUCUGGCAAAGAGGGUGACAAAUUCAAGCUGAACAAGAGGGAGAUGAAACAACUGUUAGAGAAUGAGCUCCCCAACUUUAUGGGAGGGAAAAUGGAUGAAGAGAGGAUGAAGAAACUGAUGGGGACCUUGGAUGAGAACAGUGACCAAGAAGUGGACUUCCAGGAGUAUGCUGUCUUUCUGUCCUUUGUCUCCAUGAUAUGCAAUGAAUUUUUCAAGGAUAUUGACCUUCUUUGAAAUAACACACCCUGCUUGCUUUAUCCUACUUCCAUGGCAUCUCUCUAGCCUUGGGCUCAGUACAUUGUUUGUUUUAUAUUCAAUAAAGGCUACUUUGAAGAUAGAA